AUGUAUCAAGGAAAAUUAGCUUUUUUCUUCCUAUCUACUAUUAUUCUUAUUGGUCAGUAUGAAUCGACCCCAUUAGACGAUUAUGUAAAUGCACCCGAUCCACAUUUUGGUUGGACUAUUAUUGACACAUAUGAAGCACCUGAUUAUAAAUUGUAUAUCUUAAAUUUUACGUCACAAAAAUGGAUUGAUGAACGAUUUUCUUCUCGGUCGAUCUGGUGGCACUACUUGUGUAUCACUGUUCCAAAUCGUCUUACGCGGCCGAAUACAGCAUUUCUAUUGAUCGAUGGUGGUUCCAACACAGACGGUAUUCCAAAACCAAACGAUGAAUCUGUUGAAUUAAUGUCGAUGUUGGCUUUGGGUACUGGAAGUAUCACUGCUGAUCUUCAAGACGUUCCUAAUGUACCUAUUCGGUUCAUGAAUGAUCCAACAAAUCAAACUCGUAAUGAUAAUGCUGCACUUGCUUGGACUUGGAAAGCAUUUAUUGAUAAUCAAUCAAAUCCAGCAAUAUUGAUGCAUUUGCCAAUGACCAAAGCUUCAAUUCGAGCUAUGGACGCAAUUCAAAACUUUACAGCUCAUUUAAGUAUUCCUGUACCAGAAACAUUUAUUGUCGGUGGUGCUUCUAAACGUGGAUGGACAACAUGGAAUGCAGCUUCAGUGGAUCCAAAGCGUGUUAUUGGAGCAACACCGAUUGUCAUGGAUUUAUUGAAUUUACAAAGCAAUUUACAUCAUUUAUAUCGAUCUUUGGUCGGUUGGACAUUUGCAUUGAAAGAUUUCUAUGCAUUGGAUAUAUUUCCGUUUAUUGAUACGGAUAAUUUUACUCAAAUGGCAAAAAUCAUCGACCCAUUUAAUUAUUUUAAUCGGUACAAGUCAAUAAAAACGUUACAAAUUCAAACAACUGGCGAUGAAUUCUUUCUUCUCGAUAAUGAGAUAUAUGCUUUUUGGAAAGAACUUCAACUUACUACCGGUGGUACAUAUCUCAGACGAAUACCAAACGCCGAACAUCAAUGCAUUGGUCAUUUGAUCAGUAUUGUUCUAACAAUACAAAGUUUCUAUUUGAGUGUUUAUGACAAUAAACCCUUGCCUUCGUUAACAUGGAUAAAAUCAUCAAACAAUACUCAUGGAUACAUUCGUGCUACGAUUGAUUUUAGUGUCGGACCAAAGCCAAUCAGUGCUAUUGGUUAUCGAGCUCGAACACUAAAUGAGAAACGACGUGAUUUUCGUCUAUUCAUUGCCGAUCCUAGCAAUCCAGUUAAGCCAAUGCCUAAUCCAGUUUUUUGGUUUACGACUUCACUUGUGACAGAAGCACAAACUAAUACUACAAUUGUCUGUUCGUUGACAAUCGAAUAUCCUCAAGAAGGUUGGGAAGGUUUCUUCAUUCAAGUUAAUUUUCCUGGUCCAAAUGGUUCAGUAUUAGAAUUAACGACUGAAACACAAAUCGUUCCUGACACUUAUCCAACCGAUGACUGUCACAAUGAAAGUUGCGCUGGUACACUCGUUUAA